AGGGUUUGCCUCGUUUUCAUUUGUUCGCGUGGACGAGGGGACGAUGUUUGGUUUCCGUUCUCCCUACCGGGUACAGGAGAAAAUUUUCUCGACUGAAGGAACUGAAUUGUAGUUACAUUUGUUGAUAUAUAUUCUUCACAUGCUAUGAUGCCAACACAAAGUAAAGAUAAGGCAGAAAGGACUGGUAGUGCUGCAAAAUUGAAGAAAAGAAAAGCAGCAGUACAAAGGUCUCAUACAUUUAACUCUUCAUAUGAAAAUUCUGUUAAGAAAAAGCCAGACUCGCCAAAAUCAAAUGAAUGCAAAAAAACAACAGCAACAAGUUCACCAUGCCCUGAGCCAAAAUACACCAAAGCAGUUUACUUGCUGUUGGAGGCAAAGAAGUUAGCAAGAGAAAUUGAAGAAAAAAAGAAAAGUGGAGACUUGUUUAAAAAUAGGCUUAGAGGAAGGUUUUUUCUGUCAGGUGGAAGAGGAUAUACUUUUAGUAGACCAGGAACACCUUGUCUUGCAGCUGAUGGACCUGGAAAUAAAGUCAGUGAAGCCAAGGGAAAAGCUUUGCAAGAUGUUUGUCGAAGAUGCGAAGAAUGUGGAAGGAGUCUCAGUGCCGGAUACUAUUCUGAACAUCAAGCCCAACCAUACUGCAACGUUCCUUGCUAUACCAUGCUCUUCAGUUCGUUGAAAUCAAAGUUUGCCAAGGAAAGCAAUCGCCAGGGGGAUUUUGACGAUGGACUAUCUACGGAGCAGCAACGUGUCAGGAAUUCACUCAUACCAAAAUUACGAACAUACAACACCUACUAUUCUGGCAGACCUUUUCAAAUCUUCUGCAGAGAGGAUGAAGGAAAUUUCAUUAUGGAAGGAACAUUGAAAGUGUAUUGGGGCCUGAAAAAGCCUGUGGAAUUAAAGGCGAACGAUUUUUCAUAUUGGAGGAGCUUUCAUCCUGUUGAUGAUGAUGGAUCUUUUUCAGAAAAUCACAUCAAUCUUUUCUGGCAGUUUCCCCAAAAGCCAAAUCAUUUUAGACGGAAGGUUGGAAGAAAAGCAGAGAACUCCUUUCAAGCUCCAACUAUAAGCUCAUCGCAGAAGCAAGCUAAUAACAACGAAGUUUUUUGUUACAAAGGAUCGCAGAAAAAAACUGAGCAAACCUCGUUUGUUCCUCCUUACGGCGUACCGACCACUCUAAGAGUUACGAGCAACAUGAAAACAGACGACGUGGUUGGUAUGCUACUAAGAAAAUUCCAGAUUGUAAACAAACCGUCGCAGUAUUCUUUAUGCACAGUUUACGAAAGUGGAGGUGUGAAAAGAAUAACUGCGGAUAAAUCACCCCUUGUGCAACGACUCUGCCUUGGACCCUGUGAGGACGUGUCAAAAAUCUUCAUAAUGGAGAAGGAGGGGCAACGGGAUGUUCCACACGAGUUCUUAAAAAGAGAUCAAGAGGCGUUUUGGGGAGAAGCUGGGAUCCAGUUUAUUUGGGGUAUUUCGACCAUGCUGAUUACGAAUUUGGCGGAUCCCAAGCGAAAUUCGCAAAUUUGCAUAUUCAAAAUGACUGCCAGUCAGAAAACUUCAAGGUACAAUCAAGGGACCCUCCGAACCACAUAAAGUUCUGGCAAGUGGUAGAAUAUAGCAAAUAAAGACCUGGCAAGUAAAGAAAUUCAAGAAUCUUUGUUGUAGCAAAUUUUAAGCUUUGUCACACACAGACUGACACCGUCUGACACAGGGCCCAUGAUAUCCUUCAACGAGCCAUUAAACAGAUGCAGAGAGCUUACCUUUCAAAGCCUGUAUGACGUUCCAAUAAAUUCAAACUACAAGGAGAAGCAGACGAUUUUCAAGGCCGAUCGAAAUAUCCUCAUGCGGUUGAUCACUGCUUAUAAAGGCGGCCGUGGAAGUUGAUCUUAAGAGUGUGCUUUCUCAUGAAUUGAUGCCAGUUCCUCAUUCUUACACUGAAAUGAGCGGUUCUCUUCGGACUGGAAGCAAGUCUGGCCUUAUUGAAAAGCUAACGGGUAGCAUCAAUUGUCCAGAGAGUAUUGAUCUUCAUGGAAAAACAGCGUGCUUAAUCAUCGAUGGUCAGGCUCUAGUCGUGUUAUUAGACAAACCAGACGGUUGCUCUUCGUUUCAUGAUUUAGCAAACACCUUUGUUCAAGCAGUGCUUCAAAUGGGUAAAUGCAUCCAGAGAAUCGACGUUGUUUUUGACCGCUAUAUACAACUAUCAAUCAAAGCUAGUACCAGACGAAGGCGGAAAAAACUAGCCGGCCUAUUCACCGAGUUAGAGGGAGCGGUUUGGUCCCUCUUCCAAAGUUCUGGUCAAACUUCUUGGCAUUGCCAGAAAAGAAAGCAGAUCUUGCACGAUUCCUGUCAGAAGAGUUGCUUCGCCAAGCAACUGAAGAUAAAGAAAUUGUUACAGCGAGUGGAUUUAUCAAUUAAUUGUUUGCCCAGUCAUCGAAAUACUACACUGAUACCUUGUCUUUGAGUGUAGACCAUGAAGAAGCAGACACCAGACUUGCCCUUCAUGCUAUCAAUGCCACCUGCAAUACAGUAGUAGUUGCUGCUAGAGAUGCAGAUGUGCUUAUCAUUCUGGUGUCCCACUUUUAACGAAUGCGAUGCAAUGAUCUUUGAAUGAUGUCUGGAACGUCAAAGAAGAGGAAAUAUAUUCCAGUCAAAGAGAUUCUUCACGCCUUGCACGAGGGAUCUGUUAAAGCACUCAUCCCCUUUCACACUCUUGCUGGAUUUGAUACAACUUCAUACUUGUCUGGGAAUACAAAGGCAUCUGCAUGGAAAGUUUUUAAAGAGUCUCAUGAACUCUUGCGAAACAUGGGAGAAGAAGGUAUUAACGAACAAGUAAUGCGGAAAGCAGAACAAAUUCUUUGCCACGUUUAUGGUGCAGGUCGCAACAACACCACAAAUGAAGCCCGACACGUUCUAUUUUUCAAGAAAACAAAACCCGAGGCAUUGCCUCCAACAAGUGUUGUGGCACAUCUUCACAUAAGAAGAGCACACUUCCAAGCAAUGAUAUGGAAACAAGCUGGAUCACCGCAUCAAGACUUACCGUCACCUACAGAUUUCGGAUGGAAGCUUUCUGAAGAUCGAUUAAAGCCGAUUCUAAUGAGAGUGAAGCCAUCCCUACUGCUUUCUGGAGAUGAUCUUUUGUGGAUGUAACACAUUCAUGCAAAACUCAUAUAGCUUAGUUUGAUUUAAGAUUUAGAUCAGGCACUCCUUCAAAUCUUAAUGUAGGGUCACCCCCCCCCCAAAUCUUAGUGACACCCCCCCCCCAAAUCUUAAAAAUAGCCGAUUUCGCAGGGCGCCAAGAAGAGCUUUAUUACCACGCAGAAAUGCCACCUCUGAAGUUCGAAAAGGGCCGUUUACGAAUUUUGAAAUAGAAAUAUUAUAUUUGUUAAAAACCUCCCUUCCUGACAUUGCAUUUUAGAGAACUGAACAGGUAUGUCAGGAAAAGCUCCGUUAUUAGCAAAGCGAAAGCAUUCCUUACCGAAAGUCAUAGCCAAUGGAUGCAAUGAUUGAUGCAUGAGUUUAUGAGGUCAAGGUUGAGUCCACACAAAUUAAUUUAAGUUGUAAAUUAUUUUCAUGACAGGUACGGCGCCACUGGGGGGAAUAGGGGGCUGAAGGCCCCCACUUUGGUCAAGAUAAGAAUUUUUUAUCAUUUUUUCUAUAAAUGUUUAGCAGUGUAUGAAAUGAAAAGAGAAUAAACGUUUAAGAUGCCGAUUUUAAUUGAUCUAAUUGAUAUUUUUUUAUUAUUUUUCUUUUAUUUGCAUUAAUUCAGUAAAUCACUGUUUGUAUCAUUCAAAUGUUUUCAUUUUGGAAGUGUAAACAUGGCCUUCUCGAGAUAAGAAACUCCACAUUUCUGUUCAGGAAAUAAAAUUCUCUUAAUCAAAACAACAUUGCUCUGUCACUCACAACUUUGUGCAAUCUGAAACAAAAGGUUACCGUUUCUUUCCUUCCACAACGUCUAUCACUAGAGUUUUAGCAUACCAUCCCUCCUCUCUAUUUUUUCAAUAAACAAUAAUCUUUUUAUUAGCAGUAUAAUAUUUUGCUAAAUUUUAGUCCGGGAGAUGCUUUUUAGCCCUUUUACAAGGAAUAAUUUCAAAAUUUUUCUUCACGUCGGACCCAACCAUGGUGGGUCCUCCUACCUCACUAAACUUGAUAUGCCAUGAAAUAGAAGCUUUAUUACAAAGGAAAAUCAAAUUUUACAUUUAAUUUACGCUCACGUAAAAAUAUAGAUAUUUAAUAAGCAAUGAAGUUUCAAGUUUGUUUUUAUUGCUUAGAAGUUUGUUCUUGGUAAAGACAAAUUUACACUGGUAAAGCUUUCACUAGUAACCUAUAGAAAAACCUUUGCUACGAGGUCUGCAGGGCACCACUCAUUUUCGCAGGGCAGAAACCCUUUUCACCCCCCCCCCCAAACCUAUCGGCCAAGUUACGCCCCUGCGUUAGAGACCUUCACAAACAUGCAGCAUAGUAGAACUGGAUGUACAAAAGAAACGCGUUCAGCCACUUGAAUAGUCAAUGUUGGUUUUCUUUAAAAUGGUAGACACUAAACAGCUAGAAAACUAAAAAAGUGAGUUUAUUUUUUGCCGGAGGAUCAUAGAUCAUCGAGAAUGCCAACAUUCGACUGAUUUCGAUGAGAACUUUCUAAUGUUGCAUGACCUUUUUGAUUUUUGAUGGCGUAAACAACUUUUGAGUUCAUGACGUCAUCGUAUUUAUGACAUCGUAAUAAUUUCUUGGCAUUGGAACCAGUCGAACCAGUUUAGGGAAUCUGAAUCUGGCUUUCGAACAGUUGACUCUGCUUAUAGUCACUUCCCUUAAAGUCACACUACCCAUUGCAGUCACAUAAAGUUUAGACCAAGAUAUGCAAAGCUUUUCAACUUAGCUCCGUUUACAGUCGCACUCCAUUUACAGUCACACUCCAUUUAAAGUCACAAAUUUUCAAGCAACAUUUGGUUUGACUUUAACCAGAGUCUACUUUACCGGCCUUUCAUUUCAUAUGAUGGGUACAAAUGUGAACAUGAUCUUUUACAAAAAUAAAUGGUGACAGAUAAGAUAAGGGCAAAUAAGAUUCAAAAGAGCACGAGGAUGUAAUUUAAUAUCAAUCAUAAACUUUGGCAAGUCUCUCAAGAACUCAAUCAAGAAUCAAGACUUGCCAAGUCUGCCAACACCUCAGGCAAGACUUAAGUCAAGUAAAGUAUUGCUAGCAAGAAGAAAACUGAGGAUGCAUGUAAUUUUCAUAGCUUUUGUUCUGUAAGAAUCCUGAUAUAAGGCAACAGAAAAAGCACUUUUCAAAGCAUAUAAAAUGCCUACUUCAGUUCUGCAGCUUUAUCUGUAAAAAGCUCUUAAACAAGGAAACUGAAAGUUGUUUCUAGGUUAUCCAAUUUCUUUGUGAUGUUUGACAGAUGACUAAUAGCUUUUAUAAAGGGUUUUCAAAAUGUGAAACUUUUCAAGCUUGCAUUUGUAUGAACCUUAGAUAUGUUAUGUAUGAACUGUUUCUUAUCAAAUUUUGCUGAAAAUUUUCUGCCAAGCCAAAAAACUUUCUGGGAAUCUAGUUCCCAGGUUCCGAUACUUUUUGCAGCUCUUUUGGAAGUGUUAAUUUUAGGAAGCCUUAUUUUUGGGAAUUUUUUUUAGGAAGCGUUAUUUUUGGGAAUUUUUUUUUAGGAGGCCUUAUUUUUGGGAAAUUUUUGUUAGAAAGCGUUACUUUUGGGAAAUUUUUUUUAGGAAGCGUUAUUAUUUGGAUGCUUCUUUUUGGGAAGCUAAGUGUCAUUUCUGUGCAGUUUUCUUGUUGGAAAGGGUUAUUUUUAGGAAGUCUUCUUUAUGGAGAUUGUUCUUUAUUGGUUGUAAAGUGUUCUUUUUGGGAAGUCCUCUUUUUGAGAAGUGUUCUUUUGGGAAGUUUUCUUUUUAGAAAUGUUAAUUUUGGGAAAUGUUAAUUUUGGAAAGUUUUUUUAUUAAAGCUUUCGUUUUGAGAUAAAAAGUGUUCUUUUUGGGGAGUUCUCUUUUUGGGAAGUCCUCUUUUUGAGAAGUGUUCUUUUGGGAAGUUUUCUUUUUGGAAGUUUUCUUUUUGGAAAUGUUAAUUUUAGAAAGUGUUCUUUAUGAAAGCUUUUGUUCUGAGAUGUAAAGUGAUGUAAAGUGAAUCAUAUCUCUAAGAACCACUUCUCAAAAGUCAUUUCCAAAGAAUCAUAUUCCAAGAAGCACUUUUGAAGAAUCAUUUUUUCAAUAAUGACUUUUCAAGCAUCAUAUUCCAAAAUACAUUUCUCAUUGAUCACUUCUAAUUUCUGCUAGAUUGCACAGUACAUUAAUUUUGCAAUGUCAGAACUGGAAAUAUUUCUCGAAAAGUUUAAAGAAGAGGAAGAGAGGGAAGUUGAAAAAUUAAAAGAAAGGU